GUGUAAGUGCUGAAUAUCAGAGCGCCGCUGGUGUAGUGGUAUCAUGCAAGAUUCCCAUUCUUGCGACCCGGGUUCGAUUCCCGGGCGGCGCACUUAGUUUUGUGAACAAGUGUUUGUCUCUAGAGUGCAUGCUUGGGAACGCCCUUCUUUUUUAAGACUUUGUUUUAUAUAUUUAUUUUUAUAAAAGAUCUCCCAUGCAUUGCAGAUUUUUUUGUAAAGCAGACCCCCCCACACUCGCUGCAGAGAAGAGGAGGGAGCUUGAAGAUUGCAGCGACUUGACUCUGGGAUUGGUGCCGGUUCGCGGCCGCAGGAGCUCGGGCAGCGCAGGGGCGAGCCGCACCCGGGACCGCGGUAUCGACAGAACCGACCGCCCUCAGCAGGUCACUAGGCAAACUCCACUCAGCUUGUGUUGUGGGGAAUCAACGCUGCAAUCCCCAGAGCAAUUCCGUGUUUGUUUCUAUCCUGCACGUGAACAAUAGCAGAUGGUUUCACUACUUUCAUUUGUAGCUUCGGGUUUUACCUACAAAGGAGCCGCAAGGGUUCCACUCCGGCUGGUGACUAUUUCCGAAGAUAUGUAUGAAGAGGGCACAAGAGGCUUUGUAACAUAGGGUGAAAGGAAAUGCACACAGAGACAAUAAAUGAACGAUGACUUGGGUCCAAGCAACCGGUUCAAAGGAGUGAUUUGGAGAUGCCGGUAUCGGACUGGGAUGGACAAAGUUAAAAAUCACACAGCACCAGGUUAUAGUCCAACAAGUUUAUUGGAAGCAUUAGCGUGAGUUACAUUGUCAGGACUGGGGUGCAGACUCAGACUGGGGGUUUGAGAUCCAUAAUGAGCCUUGCCAGUGAAUUGAAUGCACAAACUUGUGACCGUGCUUAAUUUCUUUCCUCUAUCUGGAGUUAUAUUAUUACUGAGACAUUGACAUUUGUGGACAAGGCCCAGUUGACCAGGUUCCUCGACUUGUAAAAUGUUUAUGAAAUGGAUUUAUCAAACAGAUAACUGGAGAAAUUUUUUGUUCAUGUCGCUGCUAAAAUAAGUUGAAAAUGACAAAAUUAACACUGGUUUCUUUUAAACACAAAAAUGUCUGUUCCAGCUUUGGUACCAAACCCUGAGAAUAUCACUGUCUGAAUACUCCUUAAACAGAGUAAAAUGGUUAUAACUAAUUAUGCUUUAAAGGGUUAAAUUCAGACUCGAUUACUUUUUCUCACCUCCUUGGUUUGAGUUACGUAAGGAGAAAUAUUUUCUCACAGCAGGUUGUUUUGGAUCUAUCAUCCUCAAGAGGCGGUGAAAGCAGAAUCUUUGAACAUUUGUAAGGCAAAGAUGGACAGCAUCUUGACAAAUCCCUCACCAUGUAAAAUCUAUAGCUCUCUCUAUGGUCCACUCGGAAACUGGGUCGGACCCCGUGUCUCAGGAUGUUCCGCGACCAAGCCCUUUCGGGAUUGCCCAGUGUCAGUGCGAUACCCUCUGUGUUGUCAGUUCUCUCUGAUUCCAAUGAUAGUGACGCCAGUCACAUAGACUGAGCUGUGCUCAGGAAGCCUCUGAGUUUACGUGGCAGAGUCCCUGCUGCCUGGCAACCGGGAGAGAUACAUUGGAGAGGAGGAUCGAGCCGAGGCAAAACAAAACAAACACUCGAGCAAGGAGCCAACCUUAACUGGAAGACUUUCUGAGCAACUCUUGAGUGAGAAAAUGCAUGAUCUGGACGCAGCGGGUGAAAUGGCUGUGUUCAACCUUUACACCCCAUCCACGCUGACCUGCCGGACCGACUGUUCGGCCCCUCACUGCGGCUCCUGCUAUACCUGCACGCUGCAGCGCAAGCUAGCCUCCACCAAGCAGUGGUUCCUGCGAGCUGGGGACAUCACCAAGCAGGAGUUCCUCAUCGGGCUGGUCCGCAGGGUGGACAGCCUGGAUCUCCUGCUGCAGCUCGACAGGGUCCUGCAGCCCACCCUCAGCAAAGACUUCACCCACUCCCGCUCGUCUGCCAACCCCAGCCUGCCCGAGGACUUCAGCACCCUGAGCUCAGACCGCUCCCUGAACAAGCUGGAUUUACACAACUAUGUGACCAGCGCCUGGGAGUGGUUUACUGGCUCCAAGCAUUGGACCAAAACAAACUACCUGCUGGGCUUAUUCCAGCUCUGCGAUGUCAAGCAUCUCCAUCACAUUGGGAAUCUGAUCCGAAUACUUAUAAUCGGCAGGAGCACUCCUGAAUUAUUUGAAUGGAAAGGUGAAGAGAAAGAUGAAGAUGAUAACUUGCUGCAUGAAUCGAAUUAUACCUUUCGGACGGAUGAACAUCCUGAACUGAAGCAGCUGACUGAAAUCUGGCCUGAGUAUUCAGAAGUCACACUUGACAUGCUUCCAUCGAGCCUGUUGUAUCGACCGGAAGACAAGACUGUUGCAGCAUCAAGACUUAGUCUUCAGUUGAAGAGCAAGAAGACAAAGAAGAAGCAAAUGGUGUCCAUGGGAAUAGUUAAUGAGUCACCUGUUAUCGUUGAACCUGUAAUACCGAUACGUAUAACUUCACCUUUUGAGGCUACGUCAGGAGUCACAUAUCAUAAGGACUUCAUCCGCUGUCUUCCUAUUCAUCUGGCAAAAUAUAUUCUUGGCUUUCUAGAUCAGAACUCUCUCCAAAACUGCAUGCUUGUGUCACGCUACUGGGCCUACCUGGGAAAGGAGUUUACAAGGGAUACACUAGCCAUCCAAUGCAUUUUUGAUGAAAUCAAAAAGUUACAGGCUACAGCUCCUCACAAUAUUAACACAGUGUAUGCAAAGAUCUGUCAAAUUCCAGUACCAAGAAUAGAUGAGAAGGGAUUCACCAUACCAACACAAAAUUUGAAGAAAAAGAUUGGAUUGGCAGCAUCAUACAUUGGCAUCCAUACUGACAUGGUGCAAAUGGAGGAGAGAAAUGUCUACUGUGGUCCAUACAAUAUAAUAGUCAUCAAACAACUUACGGAUGUUGCCAGGGUCAUUCACUAUGAUGGUGGACAAUGGAUAGCUAUGGCCUCUGGCGACAGAAGGAUAAGAUUCUUGGAUAUCAACCAUUCCAAAGAGGUACCCCAUUCAUUGAGUGGACAUGCUGGAGCCAUCAAGGCAGUGAUUCUUUGUGAAGAGCAAGGUUUUCUCCUUAGCGGAAGCUAUGACCUUACUAUCAGAAAGUGGAAUCUGAAGACUGCAAUGUGUGUGACUAUGUACCGGGGCCACACAGGAUUUAUUACCUGUCUUAGCCUACAUGAGAACAUGCUUGUAUCAGGAUCAACGGACUGUCAUGCUAAAGUGUGGGACCUUCAGAAAGGAACCUGUUUUCAUACCUUCAAGCAAGACAAAUCAAUUCUGUCAGUGGGUAUCAAUGCAACAUAUGUGGUGAGCGGCAACGAGAAAGGAGUAAUCCACGUGUGGAACAUCAAACCUCCUUCAUUAGUUAAGGUUCUGACUGGUCAUAUAAACUCAAUCACGUGUAUGUCUUUUGAUCAAUGGCAUUUGAUCAGUGGAAGCAAGGAUAAAUGUAUUAAGGUGUGGAGUAUGAUGGGAAAAUUUAGUGACUGUUUAAUGACUUUCAAGCAUCCACAGGAAGUGUUAUGUCUGCAAUUUGUUUACCUUCGUGUUAUCAGUGGAUGCAGAGAUGGAAAGAUUCGAAUUUUUGACCUCUUGAAUGGUAUCUGUCUAAGAAUGAUGAGAGCAACUGGCCAUGGAGAUCCUGUGCUAUCCAUACAUAUUGCUGGAAAUAGGAUGGUAAUAAACACAAUGUCCAACGUGGUGAAAUUUCAGUUUGAGGAUAUUGUAUGGGAUUACAAAGCUAAAGCAUCAAUCCUUGAUGCCGCAACAUCACAGGACAAAUUUAAAAUGGCACCGCUGAGGAAACAACCAUACAGUUAUGUACGUGCUCAGCGCAUGAGAAGGAUUGGUUCAACCAAUGAAAAGAUCUACCAUAGACAGGAGAAGUUUUCAAAAGAUGGUCUGUUCCACCACGCACGAUUCUUGUCAGCUAGAUGCAUGAAAGCAGCACAGAGGAUUCAGUCAGACUCCAUGAAAGCUCUCAGCUUGAGGGAAUCCCAAUAUCGAGAUCACAGUGCAUCGUACAGUCUGCAGUCAGAGUUUGACUUGAAGCCACCCUCAGCGUACAUGAGUAGUUCAGAAAUGCUCACACAAAAGCAUUUAAAACAGGAUGCAGACUCCAGAAUUUUGUAUGGUGAAAGAUCCAAAUCAUUGUCUGCAGCUUCUAGAUUUUUGUCAGUGAGUGAGCAGGGAGCAUUAAAACACAUUAAAAGACAUAAGUUCUACAAGCCCAAAACUGUAGACCAGAUCUACUUGACUGUCAAUGCUAUCCACAAUUACCUCAGAUUUGAUGAAACAUCAAUAAACACUCUCUACAACAAUUCACUUUCAGAAGAUUGGGGUCAACCUCUUUGUCCUUUUGAAGACACAGUGAAAAAGGGAAGUGAUACAGCAAAGAAGAAGGCUACUGUCAAAAUGAGUGACACUGUUGAUGCUGUUGGACUAAGAGAUGACUGCAUUGAUGUCAAAACACUUAUGGCACCUUUUGAGUUGAAAAUGCAAAAAUUUAAAGAGAAAGACAAAUUUAGUGGUUUGGACACAAAAUGUUUUGUCACAAAACCAAUGAUAAAACGAUCAAAAUCAGCAGUAGCCUUUGUGGACUCUGUCAAAUUUAGACGUGCAAAGGGUCGACCCCAAUCUGCAGUUGAAGAAAUCAAUAAGAGCAUGAGCUCUAGAACAACUCGUUCCAACAAUGGAUCUCGAGCCAAAGCCUUCGUACUUAUAGAUUCUGCAACUGCCACUAUAGAACCCAAACACAAGUUGCAGCACAUAGUUGACAUAAAUCCGUAUCGAAACAACAGUGGCUUCACUCUUUCGACAGUGACACAACAAAAGGAAUAUGCAGAAAAAAUUGCGAGGGACCAUAAUGGUCAACAGCAAAGAACAAGCAACACACACAGUUAGGCAGAAGGCUUCGUUAAAGAAAGAUGAAAAGUCUUAAGUUGGACUUAAUUUGCAUAAAUGAACUGAUGAAAUCUCAUGUUAAAAGUGGUUCAUAGAUAGUAAUAUAUUGAGUAAUGGUAACGAUAAAUAGUUUGCACGCUGUACAGGAAAUAUUAUACGUAUGUUUGUAUGUGUCAACACUACAUUUUAAGUGACAAUCUGAAUAAGAUGCAUAAGUUAUAAUAUCAAAGGGGUUAGUUCAGCAGAACAAUUUGUGCUGCAUUGGCAAUAUUGAAGGAUUGAUUACACCAGGUUAAGUUGUUACAAUAUGGAAGUGAACCCCUCUGUUAAUUAAACCAAAUGCCCAGAAAGUUCACCUUGCCUCGUAUUCUGUUAAAAUAUGAUUGACAGAGAACUC